AUGCUGAUAGAUAAAGACGUUAGUAGAAAAUGGACAUUAGGCCUAAUAAUGCUGACUAUAGUAAUUAUACUAUGGGUAAUGUCAUCAUUUCUAAUCAAUUUAAUAUUUGAAGAUAAUAUCUACAGGAAACCAUUUUUCAUCACAUAUAUUAAUACAGCUUCAUUCAUCUUUUAUUUAAUACCUACAUUUAAAAAUACUGUACGAAAAUAUUUUAGAGAUAAACAUUGGUCUAUACAUAAAGAAUUAAUUUUACAAGAGGAAGGUGUCUUAGAUGAUUCGAUGGUAGAUGAAAAUAAUAAUAAUAUUAAUAAUACUAGUGGUACUGAAGUAGUUAGAAGAGUCUCGAUAAAUUCUUCAAACUCUACUUACGUGGUACGAAAUAGCAGUAGUAAUAGUAAUCUCAAUAGUAGUGUAUCUGCUGCUGUUCGAAGUAGAAAUGGUUCAUUCAACGCUGCAGAGACUACUCAAUUAUUAUUACAAAGGAAUAGUGUUAGUAGUAUUGUUAGUAUACGAUUAUCACUUAGAGAUACAACCAAAUUAAGUGCUCAAUUUUGUGUUCUUUGGUUUUUAGCAAAUUUUGCUACUAAUGCAUCCUUGGCUUAUACUUCCGUUGCAUCACAAACAAUGUUAUCAUCAACUUCAUCAUUUUUCACAUUAUUUAUUGGUGCUUUAGGAAAUGUUGAGACUGUGACAAAACCUAAAGUUAUCGGUUCAAUUCUUUCAUUUUUAGGAAUCGCUUUAGUUACACAAUCUGAUUCUUUACAACGUCGUUUACCAAUUAAACCUACAGGCCAUAUGCCACCAACCGAACCAAUUACAGAUUUAACAUCAUGGCAAACUAUGAUGGGUAACCUUUUAGCUGUAGCAGGUGCAAUGUUCUAUGGUAUAUAUAGUACAUUAUUAAAAAUUAAAGUUCAAGAUGAAAGUAUGAUAAAUAUGAAGAUUUUUUUCGGAUUUGUUGGGUUAUUUACUUUAUUAUUCAUGUGGCCAUCUUUAAUCAUAUUACAUUAUAUGGGUUGGGAAACUUUUGUAUUACCAACACAACCAAAAGUUAUAGUCAUUAUCUUAAUUAAUAUGGUAAUUACUUUUGUUAGUGAUUUUUGUUGGGCUAAAGCAAUGUUAUUGACUAGUCCCUUAACUGUUACUGUAGGGUUAAGUAUUACAAUCCCAGUGGCAAUGUUUGGUGAUAUCUUAUUUAAACAUAAAAAUAUGCCUUUGGAGUAUAUGCUUGGUGGGUUAUUGAUUCUUGGAUCCUUCGUUAUUAUAAGUAAAAAUACAGAAGCAGAAGAAGAAGGUGAUAUCCAAACGAUAUAUGAAUCUCAAUCUAAUUCAAUUGAUGAAAAUUAA